GAAGCUAUAGAAACAAUAAUAACCAUAAAAUAUAUAACAGAGGAUAAAAAGACAAGCAGAGAGAUAGAGAGAGAAGGAUUCGAUUCAAAUUCCGAUUCACCGGAGAGAUUCAUCUCUUUUCUCUCCCUCUCUCUAUCUGUCUGAUCUCCGAUCUCAUCAAUGGCGGAACAGACGGAGAAAAAGUACAUUACGAAAGAAGAUCUGAGCAAACACAACAAACCCGGAGACCUCUGGAUCGCGAUCCAAGGCAAAGUCUACGACGUCUCCGAUUGGAUCAAAUCCCAUCCCGGCGGCGAAGCGUUGAUCGUCAAUCUCGCCGGCCAAGACGUCACCGAUGCCUUCAUCGCAUUCCACCCUGGAACCGCGUGGCACCACCUCAACAGCUUCUUCACCGGCUACCACAUCGGAGACUCUCAGGUCUCCGAGAUCUCGCGCGAUUACCGCCGCCUAGCCGCCGAGUUUCGCAAACUCGGCCUCUUCGAGAAAAAAGGACACGUCACGCUCUACACCUUAACCUUCGUCGCCGCCCUGUUCGCCGCCGUCCUCUACGGCGUCUUGGCGUGCACCUCCGUCGUCGCUCACCAGAUCGCCGCCGCGAUACUCGGUCUCCUCUGGAUGCAGAGCGCGUACAUAGGCCACGACUCGGGGCACUACGUCAUCAUGAAGAACAAGUCGUACAACAAGUUCGCUCAGCUUCUCUCCGGCAACUGCAUCACCGGGAUCUCCAUCGCGUGGUGGAAGUGGACCCACAACGCUCACCACCUCUCUUGCAACAGCCUCGACUACGACCCCGACGUGCAGCACAUCCCCGUCUUCGCCGUAUCCUCCAAGUUCUUCAGCUCCAUGACGUCACGUUUCUACGAUCGGAAGCUCACGUUUGACCCGCUCGCGAGGUUCCUCGUCAGCUACCAGCACUUUACUUAUUACCCGGUCAUGUGCUUCGGGAGGAUCAACCUUUUUAUCCAAACGUUCCUUCUCCUCUUCUCGAAGCGUGAGUUCCCCGACCGUGCUCUCAACUUAGCUGGGAUCUUGGUGUUUUGGACAUGGUUCCCGCUCUUGGUCUCUUGUCUCCCAACUUGGCCUGAGAGAUUCUUCUUUGUCUUGACGAGCUUCACGGUCACGGCGCUUCAGCAUAUUCAAUUCACGCUUAACCAUUUUGCGGCUGAUGUCUACAUGGGUCCACCUACGGGUAACGACUGGUUCGAGAAGCAAACAGCUGGGACGUUGGAUAUCUCGUGUACUUCCUACAUGGAUUGGUUCUUUGGUGGGUUACAGUUUCAGCUCGAGCAUCAUUUGUUCCCUAGGCUGCCACGUUGCCAUCUCAGAAAAGUGUCUCCUGUGGUACAAGAGCUUUGCAAGAAGCAUAAUCUUCAGUAUAGGAGUCUUUCGUGGUGGGAGGCUAAUGUGUGGACCAUUAGGACUUUGAAGAAAGCUGCUUAUCAAGCUAGAGAUGCUGCUAAUCCUGUGGUUAAGAACUUGGUUUGGGAAGCUUUGAAUACUCAUGGCUAAGUUGACUUUAAAUCAAACAAAAAGCUCUUGUUUUCGUUUGGUCAUUAUCAUCAUGUGUUUUUAUUUAUAUUUUCUUUUGUAUCUUUUAACAAUUCGUGUUGUUUACUAUGGAAGAGUUGCUAGAUUGAGUUGAAUCGAGAUUUAAUUUAUUUA